AUAUUUUUAUAAAUCCUAGCCAUACGCCUUUUUUAAUCGCACCCGUUAUCGUUAUUUUACCAUGUAAAUCGAUUAAUUGCGUUCCGCAUUAACAUUUCUUAGCAAUUACAACAAUUUUAAUGAUUUAAAUAAAAAGGUUAUUAAACCUACUUGUGACGUGUCUAUAUUUUUGUUAAACAAUUUCUUUGUUGUUUUUUGUAUAUUUUUUAUGCUUUACACGUUGCCUAUUUUCGAAAGGAAGAGAAAGUCCUCCUUUAAUCAUUCUCAGGUAGCGGAUCAGACAGCUUUUUUUAUACGAUUUUUAAUUUAGUACGUAUUGAAUCGCGAACAAUGAACCAUGUGAUAAAACUGUGAUUAAGAACAAAAAACAAUGAGUACCGACGAAGAGGAGCAUUCUCCUGGUUAUUUCGAAGAUCCAUAUUUUAAUCCUCAAGUUGCAACAAGUACUCCUAGUUUAGACGAAUUUCUCGAGGACGAUUUAGACGAAGAAACCGAAUUAGACAACGAAUUGGAGCUGUUCGAUUUGCGCCAAUUAGAUUUUGAUGAAUUACCAUGUAAUAGUUUACAUAACGGUGCUGGUGAUGACUUUUUAAAUGUUGAAGCUGAAUUUUUUAAUGUUAAACGAGCUAACGCUGUUAUUCGAGCGUUUUUCAGAAGAAAACGGAUACAAAAGCAAGUUCGUGUAACUUACUGUGAUCUAUCAAAACCUUAUCUAGUUAAAUUACCUAAAGAUAGCAACUUUAGGAGGUAUUUAGAUAUUAGUAAUGGGAAUGAAGAAGCUAUGGCAAUGGGAGAUGGAUCUUUACCUCCAGCAGAUCUUUCCCAUUUAACACCCGAAGAAAAAUUAAAACAAGAAGAAGAAUGGAGAACGGAAUUGGCUGUAAUAGAAGACGAUAUCGCAACGUUACGCACUGUUUUAUCGAUGAAAAUGAAACGUAGCGCCGAAUUGAAACGCAAUUUAGGCAUCACAGUUUGGAAAGAACUCACCGAAGAUGUUAAUCAGGGUAUUAAAAAUGUCAAAGAAAGCAAUGUUUACCAAACUGUUGAGACUAAGGUUGGUCAAGUCACAAAAGCUGUAACUGAUGCUCCAAUAUAUCAAAAAACAACGUCGCUAAUCGGAGGUAUUACCGGGAACAUUACCAAUAAAAUAGGUCAAAUGAGGCAUUCAGAAUCAUUUAAAUCUUUUGAAGAAAAAGUUGGUUCAGCAUAUGAAAACGUAAAGUUUUAUUUGCAGACGAAAGUGGGAACUACAGUGUCUCGUUCGGGAUCUCAACAGAGUUUAGAUGAUGAUAAUUUGCGUUCUCGAUCGAGUUCAGUUGCGACGAGUCCAACUAUUCACGAAGAGAAGCCGAUUGCGUAAGGAAUCAAAAAGCCAAGAAAUCCGCCCCUUUCGGCCACAGAUGCCUUGUACGCUUCAAAAUACACCCCUAAAUUCCGUAUAUUCUUUCUUAAUGUUUAGUAAAUCGAUGCUGGGAUUUAAAAAAAUAAUAAUAAUAAUAAAGGAGGUACUAAUUAACAUAAAAAUAAUAAUAAAAUGAUGAAUAAGUUUCUAAAAAAUAUAUGUAGAGAUUGAAGAAAGCGAUUGUGUUUGUUUCAACUGUGUCGGGUUGGAAAGGAAGAAGACGUAAAUGGGUUUAGCAGAUUAUUUUCUUUUUGGAUUUCUGUUUAAAAAUAAAAGCGGUUGUAUUGUUUACUUAAUUAUUAUUGUUUAGUAAUACGAAUAUUAUAAUGGUAUUUUAUAAAAUGCUAAUGAAUAAAUAUUUUUCUUGGUUAGCUUAAAA